AAAUCUGUGUGCAGUGCUUUUUGCCCGUUGCCUAGACGAUCACUUGGUUUCUCUGAGGAUGUCUGGUUCUCGUAAAGAGUUUGAUGUGAAACAGAUUUUGAAAAUCAGAUGGAGGUGGUUUGGCCAUCAAGCAUCAUCUCAUUCUACAGUUGACAGCCAGCAGGGAGAAUUUUGGAAUCGAGGACAGACUGGAGCAAGCGGUGGGAGAAAGUUUUUAGAUACGUGUAGCCUACAAUUGCCUUUGGCUUCAAUUGGUUACCGAAGGUCCAGCCAACUGGAUUUUCAGAAUUCACCUUCUUGGCCAAUGGCAUCCACCUCUGAAGUCCCUGCAUUUGAGUUUACAGCAGAAGAUUGUGGCGGUGCACACUGGCUGGAUAGACCAGAAGUGGAGGAUGGCACUAGUGAAGAAGAAAAUGAAUCUGAUUCCAGUUCAUGCAGAACGUGGAAUUCUGAACUGUGGUGUUGGAAUGAGAAAAGAUAUAGACCAGCCAUCUGUAGUCAUUUGUAUAAUGAAGCGAGGGAAGUAUCUUUGCAUAGGACUUCCAAUAGCAGUCAGACAUUGUCAUCCUGUCAUACUAUGGAGCCAUGUUCAUCAGAUGAAUUUUUCCAAGCCCUUAAUCACGCUGAGCAAACGUUUAAAAAAAUGGAAAACUAUUUGAGACAUAAACAGUUGUGUGAUGUAAUUUUAGUGGCUGGUGAUCGCAGAAUUCCAGCUCACAGAUUGGUGCUCUCCUCUGUCUCAGAUUACUUUGCUGCCAUGUUUACUAAUGAUGUCAGAGAAGCAAGACAAGAAGAAAUAAAAAUGGAAGGUGUAGAACCUAAUUCAUUAUGGUCCUUGAUUCAGUAUGCAUAUACAGGCCGCCUUGAAUUAAAAGAAGAUAAUAUUGAGUGCCUGUUAUCUACAGCUUGCCUUCUUCAGCUGUCACAGGUUGUGGAAGCAUGCUGCAAGUUUUUAAUGAAACAGCUUCACCCAUCCAACUGUCUUGGAAUCCGUUCUUUUGCUGAUGCUCAAGGCUGUACAGAUUUGCAUAAAGUGGCUCACAAUUACACUAUGGAGCACUUCAUGGAAGUAAUCAGAAACCAGGAAUUUGUGCUAUUACCCGCCAGUGAAAUUGCAAAGCUCCUGGCCAGUGAUGACAUGAACAUUCCUAAUGAGGAGACGAUCUUGAACGCACUUCUUACCUGGGUCCGUCAUGACUUGGAACAGAGACGGAAAGAUCUCAGUAAACUUUUGGCUUACAUUAGGCUACCUCUUCUUGCACCACAGUUUCUGGCAGAUAUGGAAAAUAAUGCACUUUUUCGCGAUGAUAUAGAAUGUCAAAAACUCAUUAUGGAAGCAAUGAAGUAUCAUUUAUUACCAGAGAGACGGCCCAUGUUACAAAGCCCUCGGACAAAACCCAGAAAGUCAACUGUUGGUACUUUAUUUGCAGUUGGAGGAAUGGACUCAACAAAAGGAGCAACAAGCAUUGAAAAGUAUGAUCUCCGUACAAACAUGUGGACUCCUGUAGCGAAUAUGAAUGGGAGGAGGCUGCAGUUUGGCGUUGCGGUGUUAGAUGACAAACUGUACGUGGUCGGAGGGCGAGAUGGAUUGAAGACUUUGAAUACCGUAGAGUGCUACAAUCCCAAGACCAAAACCUGGAGCGUAAUGCCGCCUAUGUCCACACAUAGACAUGGACUUGGUGUGGCUGUAUUAGAAGGUCCCAUGUAUGCAGUAGGAGGGCAUGAUGGCUGGAGCUAUCUGAACACAGUGGAAAGAUGGGACCCUCAGGCUCGCCAGUGGAAUUUUGUUGCCGCUAUGUCCACCCCCAGGAGCACAGUAGGUGUGGCAGUACUGAGUGGAAAACUCUAUGCGGUUGGUGGUCGUGAUGGAAGUUCUUGUCUCAAAUCAGUAGAAUGUUUUGAUCCUCAUACUAAUAAAUGGACACUGUGUGCACAAAUGUCAAAACGGAGAGGUGGCGUAGGCGUAACGACCUGGAAUGGACUGCUGUAUGCCAUUGGAGGACACGAUGCUCCUGCUUCCAAUUUGACUUCCAGGCUCUCAGACUGUGUGGAGAGAUAUGAUCCCAAAACUGACAUGUGGACUGCAGUGGCCUCCAUGAGCAUCAGCAGAGACGCCGUGGGGGUCUGCCUACUUGGUGAUAAGCUAUACGCUGUUGGUGGCUAUGACGGACAGACUUACCUUAAUACAGUAGAGGCUUACGAUCCCCAGACAAAUGAGUGGACUCAGGUUGCUCCUCUGUGCCUAGGAAGAGCUGGGGCUUGCGUUGUGACCGUAAAAUUAUAAUCCACUGCUCUGUUUUCUAAAUGAGGACAGCCUCUGCCUCUGAUCAACUUAGUGCCAUUUUAGUGCGUGGGCGAUGCCACAUUCCUGGGCACAAAGUGCCUGCUCUCAAAGUGAAGAUGUGAAAACAGAGGAGGAGGAGUGCAUGGACCACGAUCAGAUAUUCCCAUUUAGAGAAUCAAAAACACAGCCGGUGGAUCACGAACAGACGCUCCUGACAGAAAACAGGAGGACAACUGUACUGCUCCCAGCCUAACCCGUGCCGCCUGGGAGCACACUUGACUCACAGCCAGAUCUCUUUUAUAACUGUGCAGACGCACCAGUUAAAACCUCUAAAAGAUCGCUUUGGAAAUUUACCAUCCAUGAAUUGCAGCAACUGGUUUGUUUAACCACAGCCACCAUUUUAAUGACACACUAAAAAUUAUACUAUUUAGUUUUUUUCCAGAGGCAGUCACAUUAUAUAUGCUUUGAUUGCAGGAUGUAAUUCUAAAAUUGUCUCAGUCCCAUGAAUCAAGUAAAAUGUGAGAGAUGAAACAACAAUGACCGAACAAAAGCUUGACACAGUGCUUGGGGUCCCCUGCAUAGUCAUUCCUUUACAUACAGUCACCAGGAACUACAUGUUAUAACAGUCUCAAAUUGGAAAAUGGUGUUUGCAUUAAACUUAAGAAAUGCAAAGUUAUGUAGAGAAAAUAAAUGUUAUCUAUCUUUUAAUGUUCUUUUGCCUAACUAGUAUUUAAUUAUAUGGAUUUGUUUCCUUUUAUAUUAUAAAAGAUACAUUGAUUUUUGUCUUUUGAUAUUGACAAAAUUAUUGGGAUAUUCUGAUGUUCUCAAGUCUGUCUUUGCCCCCCUGCCCUGCUUAGGUUUGGCCAUGCUUGGUAAUCCAUUGUGCUUCCUUGAAAUCAAACUGUUUGGGGGCCAUGGGCUUACUCAAUCUUUGAAGAAUAUGCUGAAAGUGUUUGUUACCCAAAGUUUUGUACAUUUGUAAACUCUAAUUACUUAUGCGAAUGUUAAUACUCUCAGUGCAAAAAUGCACUGAGCAGUAGCAUUUUGUGAUAAAUCCUAUAAGGUAUGAGUCAUUAACUUAUAUCUUAACAUUAAGAAUAUAAACUAAAUUCCCAUCUUUUAA